CACCAGAGGGUCAUGCCACAGGGCGGAAGACACAACCACGCGAACGGAACAUUAACCUGAAGAAAUACUAUGGAUUGACGGCAUCGCAGGAGAAACCACGUCCUUUAGAUAUUGGUAGGCAACUUGCUUUAGAGACUAAUUCUCAUCUCAUAUACUUUAUUUUUAUAUUCCCAAGAUGGCAAGACAUUCAAUAGUGGAAAAUACUUUACCAAGAUUAUGAAGGAAAAGACAUUGAACGGUCUAAUGGAAGAAGACAAUGUGCUUACAGGAGAAAUUAGAGAGAUUGACGGAGACAUGAAGACACUGGUUUACGAGAACUAUAGCAAGUUCAUCAGUGCAACGGAUACUAUUCGAAAGAUGAAAUCUAAUGUAGAAAACAUGGAAUCUGAAAUGGAUCGUUUGAACGAGAGCAUGAAUAGUUUGACCCACCAAACUACUACAAUUAAUCAAGCACUUGGCCCAAAUCGAGACAAGAUUCAACAAUUGUCGAGAGCUCACAACCAAUUAAAGAGACUUCAAUUUAUCUUUAAUUUACCAAGCCGAUUAAGUCGAUGCCUUUCUACAGAUCAGCUUGCCAAGGCAGUUAAAUAUUAUGCGAGGGCCGCACAAUUGCUAGACCAUUAUAAACACAUGCCUGCCUUUAAGGGUAUCGAGCGAGACUGCCAAACAAUUAUAACCAAAGUCAAAUCACAAAUUGAAAGCAAAAUGCGCAAAGAAGACAGCGUGGAGAAGAUAGCAGAAAAUAUCCGACUUUUGAUAUUAUUAAAGGAGGAUGUACCAGAACUACGGCAAAAGUACCUUAAAUUGGGAAAAGUUCUUAUUCGAGAAUUUGGGCAAGAAAAAAAGCAAGCUGGACCAGUAACUUCCGCAGAGGAAUUAGUUGAUGUUUACAUCGUACCUCUUGAUACAGUUGUCCAAUAUUACAACACCUUAUUCGUUGAAAACAGCGAAGAUUUUCCUCCAAAAACCAAACAGGAAAUAAAAGACGCCAACCAAGAUCUAUCCGAAGCCAUUCAGACCUGUAUCAACAGCUUCUUCGAAUCGGUGACUAAAAUCAUCGCCCUUCCUGUAAGGAUACCAAAUGAGCUGGACAAUGUAAUCGAAGAGAAACGCCCUUUGAAGCAGACCAGAGAUCUUCAAAUAUUAAAUGAAGCUCUUGCUGAGAAAGGCACGAAUCUAUCAAUGGCAGUUGCAUUAGAUAAGCAAAUGAGUCAGGUUAUAGAGGUGUGGGAGAAUGAACUUGUGAACCGAUUUUUGUGCACAGUUGUUAGUGGAAUGCGAGAUCGCAUGAGUGAGCUUAUUGAACCACCUUUCACUGAAGACACACCAUAUGAUGCAUUGAGUGAAACAUUGGCUCAAUUUAUUGACAUCUCAGAGACCUGGUGCAGAGAACAUGUUUAUAACAAUUGCUUGAUACCACUGAGAGAAUGUUUGCAAGAAGACAUCGAACAAUCCUCUUUUACUGAACGUAUAUCGAAUGGGCUCAAUAGCAUGUGGCAUUCCUUGGCAGAACAUCUUGGGACAUUUCCUAAUGGUGGUGAAGUGAGCCAGUUGAACAGACACAUUGUUUGCUUAGUCAGUUCACGUCUCUGUUUCGACUUUGCAGAUCAUAUAAUUGCUCGAAUCUAUAGUGAAUUCAGCAGCAAAUCAGCUAAUCCGUUGAGUCGCCAUGAGUCUAUUGAUACCAUAUUUCUAUCAGACUGUCAAGAGCUUACAGAGCUGUUUUCUCAGACAGGCCAAACUUUAUUAAAUAACCAGAUAAUGGAGGAUGGUUACGCACUCUCAGCUAAAGUCCAGACCCAUUACCUUUCUCUCCAAUCGAAGCCACCUACUAAGCCGUCAGCCGUAUGGAGAGAGGUUUUUACAAGGCUGCAAUCAGUCGAACAGCUAGUAAAUAUUACAUUUCCCCAACCUAGUUCACCUGAGGGUCGUGAUGUCUCUGAUUCAGAGCAUGACUAUCGUUUUGGAUCACUAGCUUCUACCCUCGAAGCACCACCUAUUCAGGCUACUCAUUCUAGCCAAAGCUUGGCUACAAUGUCUUCUGGAACAGGCGAGCCAUUAGGAAAUGUAUCAAAGUUUGGUAACGACGUGACAUUGAAUAUGAUGCACACAAUCAACAAGCUGUUUGAAGACCGUGUGGAUGUUUACAGACCGAUUGAGCCUUCUGCGGAGGGUGCAUGUGGGGCGCUUGUCCGGGUUCUCUUAAAAACGCUCCAAGAAGUGGUCCGAGAGAUGUGGGUGGACUGCAAUAUAUACCAACAGCUGCAGGUCGACGUAGAAUAUCUUGGAAUCGCACUACGUUCUUAUGCUGGCGACGAAAAAACAAGCUCUGCUCUCCGAGAUAUUGUUUCCGGAGCAUAUAUGCGAUGUUCUGACCCAGUAUCUAUAAAUGCAGAUGAUCUUGAGCGUAUGUUGGCUCAUUAAACUAAAGUAGUCACUGUCGCACAAACGUAAUAAAAAAAAGUCGGACGGGG